AUGCCUAUGGGAGUCUGGGAGGACGAUUACACCUCUGAGGACUCAGAGUUCUCAGAGACAGACGUCUCCCUCCGCCGACCAGGAGGACGCACCCACAUCCGGCAGCGCUCAACCUCGCGGCACCACCAUGCCCGCCCAGAAGUGAAGACCUUCCUGGCACCAGCUCAACCAACUCGACUGCACCGGUCGGCUUCAACAGGCGGCGGACGGCGGCGCGAGCGUGACCCACCCCAAACCCCAACAGUAAUGAUCUUCAACGACCAAGCCCAGCGCAGCGAGAACAAACCCUCGUCGCGGCGAGUCCAGCACCGCGUCAGCGAGCACAACGGCAACCACUUCCACGACGAAGACAUCGUCCAAGUGCCUCCUGCCCCGCCAGCGCCAGGCGUGCCCGCUAUCCAAGUGCCCGGGCGCUCGCACCGCUCACGCGAGCGCCGCUACAGCAGCGUCUCACGGGAUGCCUCGCCGUAUCACUUCAACCGUGACCAAGAGCUAGCUGCCAACCAGCACAUGCUGGAGCGCAACGAUAUCCGGCAGGAUCUGGAUAUCUGGAAACACCAGCAGGAGAUUGAGCGGCUGGAGCGGGAGCUUGCGCGGACGCAUGAGAAGGCUAAGAAGGUAGCUGCGCAGCCGCCUGCACAGAUUGACCCAAGGGAGUCGUGGCGGUUGCAUGAUGAGGAGGAGGCUUAUGAGGCUGAGUUGCGGGAUCGGUUGCGGAAGCUUGAGCGGUAUGAGCGGAAGUAUCGAAAUGAGGAGAGUCAGCGGGAGGCGGAGGAGAGGCUUAAAUUAAAGAAGUUUGAGGAGGCACAGAGGGCUGCUGCUGAAGAGGAGGAGGUCAAGCAUAAGUUGAAGGAGGAGAGGUUGAAGGAGAUUGCGCGGUUGCAGGAGGAGAAGGAGGAGAGGAGUCGGCUUGUGCGGGAGGAGAAGCUGAAGGAGAUUGCGCGGUUGCAGGAGGAGAAGGAGGAGAGGGAUGAGCUUGUGAGGCAGAUUAAGGAGGAGGAGGCGAGGAAGGCGAGGGAGGAUGCUGAGAGGAGGACUAAGGAGAUGGCUAUGAAGGCUGCUGCUGUUGAGGAGUGGAAGCUUGAGCAGGAGAGGAUUAAGCAAAGGCAGAAGGAGGAGGCUGAGCGAAAGGACAAGGAGUUCCGUGAUCGCCUGCGCAUUGAGUUUGGGUACACUGAGGAGGAGAUCGAGGCUAUUCUCAAGAAGAAGAACAAGGAGAAGAAGGAAGAGAAGAAAGAAAAGAAGGAAGAAAAGGAGGAGAAGGAGAAGACUACAUGGAUCAAGGUACAUCGCAAACACUUGCUGCCAGAGACCUUGAUCGCCUACAGUCUUCCCUGGGACUGGGACGAGCAUGACACCGAAUAUAUUAUCAUCAAAAAAUGGAUCACCGAGGAUCUCCAAGAGGAGCUCUUCGCCCACACUCAACGCAUCCGUCAUCAGAAGGAGCACCAGAGGGUCAUUGCCCAGACCUCCCACUCGCUGACUGAAUUGAGAGUCAACGACCGCAACAAGGACAAGAUGUAUCUGGUUCGGAAGAAGAGCCCUAAGGGCCGACUGCGCAUCUUCGCAUAA